UUUGGUUUUUCAUCCUCUCUUCCGAUAAGAACAGCAUUACAUAUCUAUUAAUCAAUUGCGCAUUUUUGUUCAGAUUUCUGUGUUGAAGUUGAAGUUGAAGUUGAAGAUUUUCUUGGAGAGUAAAUACUGAAUGAUGCAUAUAAUUCAAAAGAUUGUCUCUAUGAGUAUUUAUUUUAGUGCUGUGCUGCUCUUUCUUGGAGAUUUUUCUGAAUGCUCAUCUGAUGAACGGAAGAAAUCUGGCAGUCUUCACAAUAGCAGUAAACAUGUAAAUUCUCAAAAGACAUUGGAUAUUACACUCCAUGGAAUUCUUUUAUGGGCUUCAAUGGGAUUCUUAAUGCCUCUUGGAGUACUAACAAUAAGAUUGUCCAGUACAGAGGAACACCACCGGACGAGGCGGAAAAUCUUGUUUUAUGUUCAUGCAAUUUUGCAGGUGCUGUCAGUGCUACUUGCAACAGUUGGAGCAGUUAUUUCAGUAUCAAAAUUUGAGAAUGCAUUUAACAACAGUCAUCAAAGAGUAGGAUUAGCACUUUAUGGUGCCAUUUAUGUUCAAGUUUUGAUAGGAUUCAGAAGACCUAAGAGGGGAACAAGAAGUAGAAGUUUAUGGUACUUCUUGCAUUGGAUGCUUGGAACAACAAUAUGUUUGGUUGGAAUUAUAAAUGUCUACACAGGAUUACUUGCAUACCAUACGAGAACAUCAAAGGGUACAAGCCUUUGGAGCAUAAUUUUCACAGCUCAAGUUUCUUUUAUGGCAAUUUUUUACCUUUUUCAAGAUAAAUGGGACUACUUGAAAAGGCAAGGGAUGAUACCAAUGGAUGCAACCUCGCAACCUCUGAAUCAGACUCAAAUGGAUAAUUUAAAUGAGGCAUGUAGAAAAAACAAUGCACUUGGAACUCACUUUUCAAGGAGAAAUGCACUCAAUAAAUUGUUUCAAUUAACAUGAAUGGAUUGCUAAUCUAUUCUUAACACUUCA